AUGAACGAUGAUAUUGAGAUGGUCAAAAGUGGAGUAAGCGCUAUAUUCAACACAAUUCUUAAUUCCAAGUCAUCGCAGGUCGCCAACUUUAUUUUAGUUACAUUCAACGAUCCUGAUAUUAAAAUUGCAACUAUUACUACAAAUGAAGAGGGCUUCAGGGACGCUUUAAGUUUAAUUAAAGUUGACGGUGGCGGUGACUGCCCUGAGAUGGCGAUGAAGGGAAUUGAAGAAGCAGUAACAAUGAGUCUACCAGGGUCCUACAUUUAUGUGUUUACAGACGCUUCGGCCAAGGAUCAUAUUGCCUUCCCAAGGGUCAAAAGUAUCGCACAUAAAAAACAAUGCCGGAUAAUUUUCGUACUGACCGGAAUCUGUGGAAGUGAGAGUGAUCCCGCUUAUCGUGUGUAUUAUGAGUUGGCUGAUGCGACUUCAGGACAAGUAUUUCAUUUAGAGAAAAAUGAAGUUAGAAAGAUAUUAGACUACGUAGCUGAGACGGUGAAAAGUCAAAAAACCGAAUUAGCGUCAAAGAAAUUCCCACCUGGCUACGGAAAUACUUUUAACUACACUGUAGAUGAUAAAACGAAGGAUGUGGUUAUAGCUAUAUCAGGAAUGAAACCUAAAGUAGAUGUUACCAAACCCGAUGGAAGUGAAGCAGAAACUGAAGACAUCAUUAAAACUAAAGAAAUUGCAGUUGUUAAAGUUCCGGAUGCAGAGCUGGGAGUUCAUACCGUCAAAGUUGGAAGUGAGAGUGAAACUAAAGCAGUUGUAACUGGAGCAACAACACUAAGCUUUCAACAUGGUUUUUCAGCUUUUAAGCCUACUACAAUAAAAGACACUGUGACAAGACCUAUUUCCGAUAAGAAAUCGUAUUUAUCCAUAGAAUUGUCAAAUAAAGAUAAUGAUGUGAGGCUUAAAUCAGUGGAAAUAUUGGACAUGGAUGAUAAAAUUAUUUUUAAACAACCUUUAUAUAAUGUUGAUAAAGAUUUUUACGUGACCGAACAAAUAGUAUCACCUAACAGCAUGUUUAGGAUCGUGGUAGAGGGCUAUAACACGAAGACAAAUGCACCAAUUAGAAGAGUUUCCUUAACGCCUAUUGAACCACAAAAACUUUUACUUGACAAAACAGUUAAUAGAGCCGCUACUGUUACUAUAGAAGGAGAAAAUACUAGAAAAUUAAAAUACGGCAACACAUUGCAGCUGCAGUGCAAGGUUAAUGGAUACCCACAGCCAAUUGUCACUUGGACAGAUGAGAAAACUGGAGUCACACUGCCUUCAGUGUAUGCCGCAGUUGAUCUACCUUAUGACUACAUAAGUGUUCUCAAUUUAGAAAAAGUAACGACAAAUACUACAUAUGAAUGUCGAGCCGUUAAUGACUAUGGCGAGGACAAGAAAUCAGUUACCGUAGAGGCAGUUACCAAGUUCAUAAUCUUAAAUGUUUCAGAAGAUACGAGUAUAGAUUAUGAAUACAAUGGUAAAUUAUACUGCUUAAUUGAUUCUGAUCCACCGUCACAUGUUAUAUGGUACCACAAUGGAGAAGAAAUGAAAGAAAAUGAUGAUAUAGAAAAAUCGUCUGAUGGAUCUGUUCUCACUAUAAAUACAAUGCAACCAAAAUACGAAGGCAAAUAUACUUGCGAAGUAAGAAAUAAAUUUCAUAGGAAAAUUUUCUUCAUUAACCUUUCUAUGUCUGGUACAGCUUUGCCCAAAAUUGACAAAACUACUACUGAUGUAAAUGUAAAAAGUGGACAAAACGUCGAUAUUAUUUGUAGUGUAAUCGAAGGCAUACCACAACCUUUGGUUCGUUGGUCAUUCAAAAAACUAUUUGAAAAAGUGUUUACUGAAAUCAGUGAAGAAUCAGAUACCCAUCAUAUAGAGAAAACAGAUGCUAGCCAUGCGGGCACAUAUAAAUGUGAGGCGUCUAAUAUUAUUGGAAAAGAUAGUCAUCAAAUCGACUUAAUAGUUGAAUACCCACCAACAAUAAAAUAUGGACGAAAAUUUGUAAACGCUCGUGAAGGUGAAAGAAUAAGAAUAUUAUGUGAAGUUGAUGGAGUUCCUAAACCAGAAGUGAAAUGGACUUUUAAUGGAGCCUUGAUUAAGAAGUCCCUACAUCAACAAAUUUAUCGAGACAAUACUUUAAGUUUUGAAGCUACGAUGUCCACCGCAGGAAGUUAUACAUGUGAAGCUAUUAACAAACUUGGCACUGCUAGUAAAACUACUGAAGUCGUUACGUAUGCACCAGCAAGUAUCGUACCGCCUAUUCAAAGUAGUUUGGAAUCGAUAGUUGGAAAUUCCUUAACACUACCAUGUCAGGCAAGUGGAUAUCCGAAACCAAAAAUAGAGUGGACUUUUAUUAACGAACAUAAAGAUCUAAGGAAAUUGAGCACAAGUGACGCAUCUGGUGCACUUCAUUUAUCACGAGUACAAGUUGAUCAAAGUGGCUUCUAUUUUUGCUUUGCUCGUAAUGCCGGAGGAUCAGCUAAUAUUGCCUAUGAAGUUCAAAUUCUUGCUCCACCCUCCAUUACAUGUUCGUUUUCUGCGAAAACGUUUGCGGUUGUAGUCAACGAUUUAGUGUUGAGAAUUCCAUGUAAUGCAACAGGAAAUCCUAAACCGACGAUAACCUGGGUGAAAAAUGGAUUAAAUAUAGCAGCAGGAACUGAAUGGCAUGAUAUUGAAGAAGAUGGAACACUAGUUAUAAAAAAUAUUGAUGAUUACAACGAUGGCAUGUAUACAUGUGUUGCACAGAAUUCUGUAGGAACUGAUUCAGAAGUUUUUAACAUCAAUGUUUUACCAUAUCCAAAAUCUACUUUGGUUACUAACAGUGUGUAUGUUGAAGUUGAAAAAUCAGCAAGAAUUGAUUGUGAUAUUCCUCAUAAACGAACCGAUAUUCUAAGGUGGUACAAGGGUUCAAAGAUCGUUGCUUCUGGUGAACUGGUUCUUACUAACAUCAAAAUAUCCGAUGAUGGAUUAUACACCUGUCGCGUUAGUACUUUUUCUGGUUCAACUAGCGCAACAAAGCGAGUUAUAGUCGGAUAUAAGCCAAGCUUCAUAACAGAAGAAGAUGAAUAUGUGGAAUUUUUUGAUGGAAGGGAAGCCUAUCUGUCGUGUGCGGCCGAUGGAGACCCAAUGCCAAAGAUUACAUGGAGGCAUAAUGACAAAGAAUUAGAUAAAACUGAAAAUAUAUUAUAUAUUCCUAGCAUGUCCCUUAAUGAUCUGGGUCGAUACUCUUGUGAUGUUAGUAAUAAUUUUGGAACAAUAACUCGUAACUUUGAAAUCAGCACAAAAGGAUGCUUAUUAAAUAUUCAAACGAACACCAGUGAUGUCCCAGAAAUUCUAUCAAUUGAUUUACGGAAUGGUGCGUUAGACAAUAUUGUUCAUAUUCCAAGAGGAGAGUCAAUUCCAUUGUAUUGUCGUAAAGGGAAUAAUGCUAUUGUCAUCAAAAAACCGCAAGGCUUUAUACAAGAUGAAAACAAACGCGAUAACAUCAAGCCCAAAUUGGAUAUGAGAUAA